AGAUGUCUACCUUGUAUAUCCUGAAUCCUCUAGAGCAGUUUGAGCUAGUAAACUUAGUAAGUAUUCAAGCCCCUGUUUUAGGCUACUACGAACUCGGGGUCACGAACCUAGGGUUAUUUCUGGUCAUUCAGUUAGCCCUGGUGAUCACUGGAUUGGUAAUUUGUUAUAAUCCUGCCUGGGUUGCACGAGUUAACACUUGGGUGGUCUUCUUCGAGAGUUUAUAUGGCUUUCUUGUUAAUUUGCUACUUAGCCAACUAGGAUUAGCUGGCCUUAACUUCACCAGCACUGCUCACUUCGCGCUGGCCAUUGGUCUCUCCUGUACUGUUCUCAUAGGGGUAACUUACUUGGGGUUAGCUGUCCACGGAUUGGCUUUCUUCAGACUGUUUGUUCCUGCUGGCACUCCUCUGGCUUUAGUUCACCUUUUAGUGGUAAUUGAGAGUAUCUCUUACUUGGCCCGUGCUGUCUCGUUAGGACUACGGCUCAGUGCAAACAUGCUGUCAGGUCACGUCCUCUUAAAUCUCAUUAGUACUUUCUCCUGGAAGUUCAUUACUGGAUCUAUCUUCGGUCUCUUGUUAGCCCCUUUACCUCUUCUUCUUUUAACUCUUCUAUUUGGCCUGGAACUCGGGGUUGCC